GAAUCGCGUUCGUCGGGCGAGUUUUCGGCGGCGGUUUAUGCCGGUAUUUUAGAAUUUCCGGAGAAAUAUAAUUACGUAAAGUGCGAGGAUUCUCGUGUUAUGUUGUUUGUUAUUUUUCUGUGACGGAUUUAUGGAGUAAUUGUGAGUUUUUAAACUCAUUUAUAGAUAAAAUGCUUCCAGGCCUAAUUCCAGUUACAAAGAAUUUAACCAGAUCCAUGUCUAAGCUGCGUUCCGAGUGAAAACUAUAAAAAAAGCUCACUGAAGAAAACAAGAACAUGUUUCCCUUAGAAGGAACGCUCCUGAAAGUGGCGCUUAUUUCCAUGUUUGCAUCUACAGGAUGGAGUCGAUUGAAGCGGCAUUAUAACGAAUACAGUGUAUCUAGUGAUAGUGACGUGGAACCAUUAGUUAUAGAUCGGGGACCAUAUUUUGAAACGAGCGUUUCGAGAAACGUGACUGCUCUCGUAGGAAAAACGACUUAUUUGGGAUGCCGCAUUAGAAAUUUAGGAAAUAGAACAGUAUCAUGGAUACGGCAUCGAGACCUUCAUCUUCUAACAGUUGGACGAUUCACCUAUACAUCUGACCAAAGAUUCGUUAGCAUUCACAAUCCGAUGACCGAGGAUUGGACUUUACAAAUUAGAUACCCGCAAAGGCGAGAUAGCGGCAUCUACGAGUGUCAAGUCGGUACCACCCCGCCCAUGGGACACACUAUGAUAUUAUCCGUCGUUGAACCGAUAACGACCCUUCUCGGUGGCCCGGAAAUGUAUAUCAACAAGGGUAGCACCAUGAACCUGACUUGUAUCGUGAAACAUAGCCCCGAACCGCCGCCGGCCAUUUAUUGGACGCAUAAUUCACAGGAAAUUAACUACGACAGUCCUAGAGGAGGAGUGAGCGUCAUCACCGAGAAGGGCGACAACACCGUCAGCUAUUUGCUGGUACAGAGGGCACGGGAUUCGGAUUCGGGAAAGUACACUUGUAAUCCUUCCAAUGCUAACCCCAAGACGCUCGUUGUGCAUGUUUUGAAUGGAGAACAUCCGGCGGCAAUGCAGCACGGAGGACAGCUCAGACUCGAAUAUCCUUUGUCAGCCGUCCUGUUAAGUAUCCUCGUCGCCGUCGCUGCACCGUAAAAUCC